GCUUCCUGCCUCUUCUUUUUUUGCGCUUGUUUGUGCCACCGUCACAGUUAUUUCGAUUAAUUCGCGCUUUUUUGCCUUUUGUUUUAUUUGCCCUUUUUAUAUAAUGCGGCUGCUUUCCUUACGUUCACUCCAAAACUCGUUUCUUUCCGAGAUUGCGUUCUCUAACAGCAUCCGAUUGUUGGUUGUUUGUUUGCUGCUUUCGGUGAAUAUGGACUAAUUAGAGGGGGGGAAAAAACGUAUAAAUGCACCUGCCGUCGAGGAGAUAUUCUGCUUUUCAGAUCGAAGAGGUGUGUGUGCCCUGGGUGCAGCCUGGCCUGUGCUGUGCUGGAGAUGAAGAACCCAGGAGCCGUGGAGGGCCGUCGGCUGGUCGUCCUUCUGGAGGCCGCCCUGCUGAGGGAGGCUCGCCUCUGGAAGGUACCUGUCUACAAGAAUGGAUUCAUCCAGGGUGCGGACAUCUCUUCAUCCCAACACCAAGAAAUGAUCCUUUGGCUCGGAGAGAUGAGCAGACUGUUCCAGUUCUCUCCAGAGACUUUUGCACUGGGCGUCUGCAUCCUCAACCGACUGCUGUCUACUGUCAAGGCCCAACCAAAAUACCUGAAAUGCAUCGCUUUUACCUCAUUGGUCUUGGCUGCCAAAAUCAAUGAGGAAGAUGAGGUAAUCGGCUCUGUUAAAGACCUGGUUGUGCGGAGCGGAUGCAACUUUUCAACAGCGGAGAUUCUUCGCAUGGAAAGGAUCAUUCUAGACAAGCUGCACUGGGACUUGUACACUGCAACACCAGUCGACUUCAUUCACAUGUUCCACGCCCUGCUCGUCUCCGGCCAUCCUCACCUCAUUCCGUCCAUCGGGCUCGGCUGCGGCGUCGGCUGGGACCCUGCAGCAGACCCCUGUUCUUCUCCUGCCGGGCCAGGGUAUCAGAAGAGGCCUUCGGGCUUCCAUGCGGCGCCGUGGACCAGGCAGGUGCAGCACUGUAUGGCCUGCCACCAGCUUUGGCAGUUCAAGGGCUCCACGUUGGCCUUGGCCAUCAUCACUUUGGAGCUGGAGUCACUCACGCCAGACUGGUUCUCCGUCUUCACAGAUCUGAUGAAGAAAGCACAAGUUGACAGUGGCGAGUUCAUCCAUUGCAAAGAGAUGGUGGACGAGUACCUACGCAGCCUGGAGUUCUCCCUGCCGCCCAACGCCAUCUACAUCUUGAACAGCGCUCAGAUCCAGGACGAGGAGCGAGCCUGGAGCCCCGCGCAGCGCUUCGGGCAAGCCAGGAGGGGGCAUGGCAGCAGAGAGCAAGGUGACUGCGAUGAAUAUUACGACGGGUUUAAGUGUUUGUAUAAUGAGGAGGCGACACUGGGGGCGGAGGGGAACGAUGCUGCGUGUUUGCAGAAAAACAUCUCGCCCUGCCCGCCGCUGCACCCCGCUGUCAACUAGCUGGACGCUUGUUCACAACGUCCACCUCUUACAAGUGCACAGUCCUUCCAUAUCACAGUGAGAAUGUUAGAAAUACUGUAACACAUUUUAGGGUCUCAAUCUUAAAUUUCAUGUGGCACUAAAGUAACUGACGUAAAUCAAGGUGUUAACUCACCUGCCGGAACAUUCAAGGAUUUGAGAUUUAAGAAAAGGUAGAAGCAUAUUCUCUAUGGCCUACUUGAGAUCAGAUUUAGAUAUUAUUGUAGUUUCUUCUGUGCACUUGUCCACACCCAAAUGUGAAUCUGCAGGCGUGCAUGGAUCAGUGGUGGAGUUAAGCUCUUCCUCUGAUGCCGUAACCUGUUCUCUGUGUUGACAGCUGAGGAGAAAGUGUGGGGAAUCGUCGAGUCUGACUGAAUUGAGAUUUGAAUGUUCCUCCUUGAUGCAGACUUAUUGCUCCAUUUUAAGUUCCCUACUUAAUAUUAAUUUGUUUCUACUUUUUUAAACUUACCUGUCCUUUGCAUCCUCGACAAAUUGUUUUGUUUAACAAGUUGAAGGUGAAGGAUGCGAAUUAGGCAGUUGUGUGGUGAUUUUUAUGAGUGUGUUUGAGACCGAGAAUGGUGUUUUUAUGUUUGAGAGUUUAUUCGGAUUUUGUUUGUUGUGAGGUAUCUUGGUGCUCAGGUUCCCCUCCAGAGCCACAUAGCACUUUUGAGAUUAAGCUUUUUUUUUUUCUUUUUCUUUUUUUUUUAAAUGCAAAUAAUUAUAUUUUUUCACAAUCUUUUUUUAUUAUUUUAAUCCCUUACUUGUACUCCACAUUUUUUUGUGCUUCAAGUGUUUAUUUACUAGUUAUUUACAAAAGCUACAUUUCACAAAAAAAAGCUUUAAUUUCAUGACUAAAUGCUGCAAAUAUUUGUAUUUUCCUAAGUCUUCUGUCUGUGUUGAUUUUGCUUUAUGCAACUGUUACAUAUCAAAUAAGAGCACCUUUGGGAGAUAAAUUCAACACUAGAGCAGAAUGACAAAAAAAAAAAUGGUCAUUUUGUCAUCAUGAGAUUACAUGAUUAGGGAUCCACUGUCAAUGCUGUCAUUCAGAUUUUCAGUGUUAUUUUUACAUUAUUACAUACUGUAUGAAGGCACCAACAGUCUUACUCCAAAUAUUGUCAAAAGACAGAUUACAGAAGUACUGGGAUAAAAGUCACAUCACUUUAAUUGCAAUACUGAUCAUCAUCUUUCACUUUAAACUGUAUUUAAUUUUGGAUGCUACAUAAAUAUGUGUCCAAGCCUGCAGACACUGAACAGACUUUGAUUUUCAUUCUUUGACUCUAGGCUGCUGCAAUGUUACUUUCAAAGUGAACUGGUUACUGUCUGUCUUCUUCAACUGUAAAGUCUGCUUCACUUCAUCCAGUCAAGACCAAUGUAAAGAUUUUUCUUCAUAUUCCUUCAUUUACUGAGGCAGCUAUAUCCUACUGUAUUGUCAACCACAGAAAUAAAGCUAUGACUUCAAAAGUC